GAUAAGGUAGGAUAAGGUAUGGCGGACCGAAGGAAUUGGGUGUCGAAGGAAGUAGCAGACGACCGCGGGGAUCAAUGAUUAACCGAGUCCAUAUGAAAUGACAGAAAUGGAAGAUGAUGCCCGAACAGACAAAGAUGUUCUUCUGGGGGCUUCGUCCGGGGAUUCGUUCUUUCGUGGCGGGCAGUACGGCUCGAUACAAUCUGACGGUAAACCGCAGGAAUAUGAGACGUAUACCCGGCGCUGGUAUAUCCUGAUACUUUUCUCGCUGUUUGCGACGCUGCAAGGGGCGUCCUGGAAUGCGUUUGGCCCGAUUGAGGCGUCCUGCAAGGCGGCUUUUGGUUGGAAUAACGCUCAGAUCGCCUUAAUUCCUAUGUGGGGGAACGUGGCGUUCGCUUUGACGGCGAUACUGGGGUCCUGGCUCAUGAAUACUAAAGGUCUUCGAGCAGCGACCGUCCUGUCCGUAGGCCUGGCCACGGUGGGUGCUGCUAUACGAUGUAUAAGUGUAGAACCAGUCCCCGCCACCUGGUUGAUUAACAUAGGGGCAGUUUUGAACGGUCUGGCAGCUUAUUUGCCGAACGGUGGCCCUCCUUUUCUGUCCGCGAUCUGGUUCCCUCCUCACCAACGCACCACGGCCACAGCCGUCUCCACAGUGGGAAGUUACAUGGGAACCACCGUCUCCUUUAUAAUAGGUCCUCUUCUGGUGCCCCAACCAAGUAACGUUACAUCCACCAACUGUUCAACUCAAAGUUCUCACAACGGUUCAUGUAGUGGGAAUUUCUCAUUAGAUACUGUUGAGCAAGCUAGUUACAUCCGUACAUUCAUGUUUGUCGAGGGUGGUAUAGCGCUGGCGCUGUUUCUGCCCGUGUUAAUAUACUUCCCGUCCAAACCACCCAAGCCUCCUAGCGCGUCUGCUUCGGUUGGGCGCGAAGAUUCGCGGAGCGGAUACAGGGACAUCAUUACCCAUGGUCAGUUCUGGUUGGUGUGUCUGGCAUACUGUAUUCCUGUUGGCGCCUAUGGCGGGUUUUCAACCGUACUUGCGCUGAAUUUGAAACCAUUGGGAGUUUCCGAGGAUGAUUCCGACUGGAUUGGGUUCUGGGCCACUAUUGCAGGAUGCAUAUCUGCUUUGGUGUUUGCAGUUGUAAGUGAUAUAUAUUAUGGCCAUUUGAAACGCAUAGUGAUAAUCUUAUCAAUAGUGAGUGUCGCUGCCACAGCCUGGUUUACUUUGACUUCUGCUGGGAUUAUACCUUUUACCAAAGUGAGCCUUUACGCGUCUGCCAUCCUGAGCGGCCUCUUCAUUAAUGGCCUGGUGCCGUUGUUGUACGAGAUGGCGUGCGAGGCCACGUAUCCUAUAGACGAGUCUAUACCUUGUACCAUCAUGACUGUGGCCAAUACUAUCAUAUGUUCUGUGUUUCUGCUGGUUUUUCAAUUCCCAAAUGUUGGGACAUCUUGGAUGAAUUGGUUUCUGUUGUCGUCAACCAUUGUUAGCAUCCCCCUGGUGGUGGCCUUCAAGGAGAAUUACAGGAGGUCCACGUAUGACAGUAUGGGCACAUCCGGGUCCACGUGUGACACACAGGACACCAAAGGGGCCAUAUUUGAACCCCAUUCAUCGGCCCAUCGAUUGCCCUACGGUGACCAGAGCACUCUGACAACCCCGAGAGCCACGCCAGAGAUACGUGAUUCAGAAGGUGCCCCUCUUUACUAGUCAACGAGUUCAAUGUUCCUGGCCGGGUUUUACAACGAUGGUUAACAUGAUCGAGUGCGAUUUACAUGUAGGCUAUUUAUUACAAGGUGCUUAACAGAAAAAAUGAAAAGUAGCUAUUAUUGCAUGAGCAUCUCAUUAUUUUGUCAUUUAAUCAAAAGCAGAUACAGACUUAUUUAUUAUCAUAUUGCACCACAAGGACAAAGCGGUGAUUUAAGAGGUACAUGUUUAUAUCGUGAUAUAUAAAGGGCUGCAUGCUGCAUUAAAUAUAUUAAAGCUAUUCCUGUUUUUAUAGUUCAACGCGGUUUUCAAUAACAAUAAUUACAACGAGAAGUAAAUCGAAAGGGAUAUUGUAAAGAAGUAAAAAGAGUUAACAAUAAUAACAACAAGAAGUAAAUCAAAAGGGAAAAUGUUAACAAAUAAGAAAGUUUGCAACGAAACGUUGCAAGUGUGACACAAACAGUUUUGUGUAUAAAGUAUAACGCAAUGCAUACAGAGUAUACUGUGCGAAGUCAUUUAACAUUACGAUCAAACUAUCUCACUGGUUGGUUCAAUAUCACAGUCACUUUAAACGAUGUGAUAAUGGUUGUGAUAAUUACGGUUGCUGGUGAUAAUGGUUGUGAUAACUAGUACUGUGAUUGUUUUUGAUAAUGUUUCAAAUGCUGAAGGUCUGUUUGAUAGAAAUGAAUAUCAACCUGUAUCUGAAUUACUCGCCCAUUAUAUUUAUAUGUACAUUGUACAUUUUAAGAUGUGCUCAGGAAUUAUAUCGAAUAUUUCUGUGUGAGAAGUUAGACAAAAAAAUCUCAUUUUUUUGUUAGUCAAUAUUUUCUAGAAUGCCACGGAUUGGAUAAUAUUAUACCAUUGGAAAUCCGUGGUCCAUGUGUUCACUUUUCUCUUGUUCUUUCAUUCUUAAAUUAUAUUAACAAAAUUCAGUGAGAUUAUAAGUCUAAAGGAUCGUGUUAUGUUAGUCACUGGAAGUAAGUUUUCAUAAAUUAUUUUAAUGAAGGUUACUCUGUUUAGCAGAUUACAUUUAUUCUAACUAGACUUAAUUCCGGUCAUGCUAUUAUCAUUAUGUUUGUUGUUUUUCUUAAAACUGAUGUUUAGUGCUCUCUUUCUCUUUCUCUGA